AUGUUCAGGUGUAUCGACAUCGUGGAGGCCCUCGCCGGCCAGCAGCAGCAAACAGAAACUUCAGGUCUUCUCACUUUUAAAAAAGUCAAAAAACAAAAAGCGGAAAACAAAAGCAGCAAAGGCAAACGCCCUUCCAACAAGAGACGCAAGUGCAAAACACAGAAAGACAGCAGCAGCAGCAGCAGCAGCAAGAGCAACAGCAGCAGCAGCACCAGCGGCCAUAGCAGCAGCACCAACAGCAGCAAGACCAGCAGCAACGACACCAACAGCAGCAACGCCAACAGCAACAGCAGCGACGGCAGCAGCAGCAACAGCAGCAACAGCAACACCGACAGCAGCAACACCAACAGCAGCAACACCAACAGCAGCGACGGCAGCAGCAGCAACAGCAAUAACAGCAACGGCAGCGACGGCAGCAGCAGCAGCAGCAACAGCAGGGACGGCAGCAGCAGCAACAUAAGUAACAGCAGUAGCAGCGACGGCCGCAGCAACGACGGCAGCAACACCAACAACAACAGCAGCAACACCGACAGCAAGAUCAACAGCAGCGACGCCAACAGCAGCGACGGCCGCAGCAGCAACAGCAACAGCAGCGACGGCAGCAGCAGCAACAGCAGCAACAGCAGCAGCAGCGACGGCAGCAGCGGCAACAGCAGCGAUGGCCGCAGCAGCGGCGACGGCAGCAGCAGCAACAGCAGCAGCAGCGGGGGCGGAAAAGAAGCAAAAGACCUUCUGGAAAUAAAAAAAUAA